AUGACUGGCGCCGACGUCUUUGCUGUGCAUACAACAGAGCAUUUUCUUCAUUGGAAACGUUACUUCGACCCCUCAUUUGCAGUAUGGCAGCGUGCACCUCGACAACUUAUUCUGGGCAUUGCAAGAGGAACGUUCAAUUUGCAACCCUUCUUCCUCCCUCUGUGUGUUCCUUCUUCCACUGCAUCUCCUUUACCGUCCAGUCCUUCAUUGCAGCCAUUUGCUGAUCACCUCACGACUGACAACAACCUUGUAAUGACUUCCACUGGCUACGAUAAUGACCGAAGUGGUGGCUCUUCAUCCUCUUCCUCAUCCAUUCCAUCAUCGACUGUUGCUUCAAAUGAAAGUCUGGCCACUUCAUCUUCGUCCAGUAAAUCAUUUGCAAAUCAAUACGAAGUUACUAUUUCUAAACAGGAAGCCCUGGAGCAUUUUAAGCAACUCAUGCAUGUAGAGCAACCCUUGAAUGUUACCCUAUUCGAGUAUAUCUUCGUAACGUCAAUUCAGCAAAAAUUGAUAUUGGAAAGACGCUUCGGACCAGCUACGAACACGACGAGGCAGAUUGAGGGUUGGGUCAACAGCUGUAGCGUGUGGGGCAAACGUACAGCAAUGAAGUCAGAUGGCAAAAAAUUGGAAGGUCGAUGGCUGUGGGUGUUGCUGGACAAACAUUUGGAUAUCAACGUUAUCGAGGACCUGGCCAGAUAUGAGCAACACUGUCGUCACCAUCCGAUGACAACAAUUGGAUAUGCAAGAAAAUCUAAAGGCAAAGAACGUACUAACACUAGAUGCAAGCUUCUGAGCGAAAUGGUCCAUCGUCUGCGCAAGAAAAGCCUAUGCACCAAAGUGUACGUAUCACCAUAUUGCGAUGCAAAUCAGCCGUUGGAAUCUCGCGACAGCAAAGGCAAUUAUAAACAUCAUUUGGAAUUGAUCGACGACUGUGAUGGGGACAUGACAACUUUUAUGAAAUUGCUGAAAACGAAGUUCAAGCCUAUCCGUUUGGCAGUUAUCGACUUUGCCGGGCUAAGCACAGAGCCCAAUGACAUUCGUGCAUUUGUCAAAAAAUUUACACAGAUUGAGGAAAUCGUGAUUGAUCACGGAUUGACGUUUACAGUACUUUCUCGACAUGACCUGCUUACAAAUCAAGCAAUUAUCAACAAGUUUGACUGUCGUACUGGCUGUGUCAAACGCUCAGCAUGA